AUGUUGCUAAAAACAAACCUGGCUAAAAUUGUAUGUUCCUCGCUACUACUUGCUCGUAAAGUACUGAACGCACACUCGUCCGGCUCGCAUCGCAGCAUACCAUACCAUACAGUUAAACGACGCAAAAUGAGUUUGGAAGGCAUGAAUGAUUUUAGACUCGGGACAGAAGCUUUCGCAGCAGGGGUACCGUCUCCUCCUCCAAAAGACGUUGAUGGGGCCAAGACAUCAGGAACAGACUUUGUAAAGAAGCUUUUCCAGAUGCUCGAGGAAAACCGCUACGCAGAUAUUGUCCGAUGGUCAGAGACAGGUGACUCGUUUAUUAUCGCAGAUACAAACGAGUUCACCAAACAGGUUUUGCCUAAACAUUUCAAGCAUAGUAACUUUGCCUCGUUUGUGCGCCAACUCAACAAGUAUGAUUUCCACAAGGUGAAAAUUAGCAACGAGCUCAAACAGAGAUACAGUAUCGAGAAUGUGUGGGAGUUUAAGCAUCCCGAGUUCCAGAGAAAUAAUAAAGAGGCGCUUGAGAAUAUCAAGCGAAAGGUGACGGCUAAGAAGGAGGGAGACACCGGCGCUUCAUCAAACACGGUCUCUCUUGCGCAGUUCCGCAAUCUGCAAGACAAUUUUGGAUUUUUGGAAAAGCAAAACCAGUCUCUGACAGAGACGGUGCAGAAACUCCAUGAUGAGCUGAACAUUCUCAACACCAAGUACAAUACGAUGGUGUCGAGUUUUCUGACGUCGAAAUCAAUCAACGAGUCGUACUCCCGCGCGAUCAAUAUCUUGGCCAAAUCCUUGACCCAGAUGGGCGUUGAGUUGCCGCCACUGAAUCUUCCUUUCAUCGACCAAAAUCAACCGUCUCAGGAACCGCAGCCUGCUGGUAGCAUGCCUUCGUCAGUGGAGGCGCCUCCACAGGAACAUCCACAAUACAUUCCCGCAAACGAGCCUACUAAACCAGCAUCCCAGCCUCCGGCAGGAACACAGCAAGACAACCGUAUUGUGCGACGGACGAAUGGCUCUGGAAUGCAUGUUUUGCUGGUUGAAGACGACGACGUCUGCAUCCAGCUCUGCAGCAAAUUCUUGAUGAAGUACGGUUGCACGGUGGAGGUGGUGACAGACGGACUGGCCGCUAUCAAUGUCUUGGAAAAGGUCAAAUUUGACUUGGUACUGAUGGACAUUGUGAUGCCAAAUCUCGAUGGAGCAUCAGCAACCUCUGUUAUCCGAUCUUUCGAUGUGGAUACGCCGAUCAUCGCCAUGACAGGGAACUAUCAGCAUCAGGACCUGGUAACGUAUCUGAACCAUGGAAUGACGGAUAUUCUGGCCAAGCCAUUCACCAAAAACGAUCUGUACAACAUCCUGGAGAAGCACCACAUAGAUAAGAAGCUGAUUUAUCCAGUCAACGAUCCGUUCAACCCCGUGAACAAAAAUAGCACUUCGCACUCGGUGGCGGGCCAGCAGGCACAGGUGGUUGCUCCGAUGCCGAUAGAGUCGGAGCCGGAGCCGCUGCAGCCAAAGAUGAAGCCAGACUACGAGAACACGCUAAAGAGACAAAAACUUGUAUAG